AUGCCUAAGAAAGGGAAAAAGGGCAAGUUACCCCUGUCCGAUGAGGAGCAGCUGCUUCUGUUUCAGCAGAAGUUGCUGGCAGAGGAGGAGAUGGCCAAGAAGAAAGAGAGGCUCCUGAGUCAGUUCUUGAAGGACAAGCUGGCCAAGGAGGAGCACAACAGUGCUCUGAACCUUAACAAGAUUAACACACAGUGGAGAACCGUCCUUAGGGAAGUCAAGACCAGAGAGCUUCAUAAGGACAUUGAGAUCCUCAGCCAAACAUUUGAACGAGUGGUGGACUGCAAGGACAGUGUCAUCAAGUCUUUAGCCAAGGACCUGUCCGAAGCAGAGGAGCAGUACGCCCAUGCCCUGCGCAGUCACCUGCACAGCAUCGACCAGCUCUUAGCCCUGCAGAGAUGCCGGCUUAACCUCCUAGAGGAAAGUUACAACACGGAGCUGGAGGCCCUAACCAAAGAGUUUGAGACAGAAAGGAAGACAAUUAUUGACCAGCAUGAAAAAGAGAUUCACUACCUACAAGAUGUCUUCAUGGCCAUGGAGCAGAGCUAUAUAGAUUCUGAGUAUGAAAGUAAGCUGGAGUUCCAGAGCAUGUGGGAUGAUCUCAAAAACAAGAAUUUAGAAGAGAAGCAUUUUCUAAGACUGAAACUGGAGAACAUAGUAGAAGAUCUGUGGAGAAGGUUCCAGGAUGCACUCAAGAAUUACACCGAUGCCACAGAGGACCAAAAGAUUGCCUUUGAGACUCUGCAGGUGAAAGAUGAGAAGAGCUCCAAAGAGAUUGAAGCACAGAUGAAAAAAAUACAGAGACUACAGGACUCCAUAAUUAUUUUAAAAAGCAAGAUCAUGGUGCACAGCCGUGAGAGUGAAGACCAGAACCAGUACAUUCGUAAGGACAAGGAGCUGGUCCUUGCCCAACUGCGAAAACUUAAGGCCCAAAGGACUCAGGCCCGGGAACUAUCCCAGGAAAACUUAGUCAAACUCACCUUGGAAAGUAAUGCCACCCUCAAGGCCCUGAGAAGGAUCGUCGAUAAGGGUGAAAAGAUCCUGAAACUUGCUGAAAUAUGUAGGAAGUUUGAAACAGAGGAAGAAAAAGUGCUGCCUUUCUAUUCAUCAGUCUUGACUCCCAAGGAGCAGGAGGAGAUAGAAGAAAUUUACCCAGAGGAGCUUACCGAGCAGCUCGCAAAGGUGAUAGUAAACUACACAGGGAUGGAGAAUUUCUGGAAAAGGUACAACAAAGUGAAACUGGAGCAACUGAGCCUCCAACAUAGACAUGUCCAGUUGUUAGAAAUCAAUGGGAAGUUGCGGGAGAUGCUGAAGCAGUACUUGGAUGGCAUCUCAGUGAGUGACGAAGUGAUGAGCCAGCUCAACCCACUCUUUAUCGUCAACCAUCGAAGUAACUUACCCCAGCCUUUGUCCACACCUACCACCCAGCCAGGUGACAAACCACCUCCAACCACUUACAUCAUUGAAGCAGCCCAUGUGAUCUCCCACAUCCUGUGA